UUCGCACGUACAUCAAAUGUAGCCUCUACACAGGCUCUCCUUUUUCUGUUCUUUAUCACAAUCGUUCAAUAAGAUAAAAUACUGUAUUAUUCCGUUCAAUGAGAUAAAAUACGGUAUUAAUUGGAGGAAUAAAGAAAGAAAUAGACGUAAAGUUAGGAAAAAGGAGAGCCUGUAUCGGGAAGUCGCGUGAGGGUAGAAGGGUGGUAGAAGGGUGAAAAUGAGCGUGGGCAUACUGAGCUAGAGAUGUUGGACUGCCCACGCAGAGGUCUACCACUAAAUAAAACCAUAGAUAGAAGAGAGAGGGAUUGGAAACGAAUCACGUGUGCCGAACACUCCUUGUCUGCCGGAAGUAUAGAUUGAAGAGGGAAGUGAUGACUAUGCUUAUACUUCCUCAAAAGCGUUCCAGCUGAUUUCUAUAUGGCUUUCUAGCUCGAGUAUGCUCUCUAGUAUGGCUUUCUAGCUCAGGUACAUUUGCACUGUUAUACAAUGGCAAGUAGUGCUCCGGCUCCAUUUCAGAGUAGGUUUAAGGAAGCUGUUAAAGCUGUUUUGACCGAGGGUAGAUUCAAAGCCUCAUCACCAGAGGCAGCAGUUGCCCUCAACACAGCUUCUGCGUUGUUAGUUUUGUUAGAGGAUUCAAAGCAAAGUGUGAUGGUUGAGGAUUUUACUGUCAAAUUGUACUCAAAAUUGAAGUCGUGUUUCCAGCACACUCACUCAUCACUUCAUUUAAACAGAGAAAAGAUGUGGGGAUUGUAUCAUGAGUUGCGCACAUCAGACAGCUUCAAGGAGGAAUGGAGUCGUUUCCUGCAUGAGUGUGGUAAACAACCGUGUGCUUCUUUUGUCCAGUUUGUUACUAACACACUCUUCAAACAACUGAUAGAAGAGGAGUUCCCUCUGAACAGUACAACGAACUCAAAUGGCCACUCGGGUUUGAUGACAUUUGAGGAGAAGAAUGCUCUGAGAUAUGUUGCAGGAUAUGUAUGCCGCACAUUGAGAAAAUGUCUUGAAUCAUCUACGAUUCCUGAUAAAGAUGAUAUGAUAUAUGCUCUGAUGGAGUUAAGUGGAGAUGAAAUGAAUGACCAAGACACAGAAGCUUGGACUGAUCUUAUUGAUAGAGGUGGACUUUGGCAUAUCAGUGAUGAUACCUACAUGCUGUUUUUGAUAAUAGAUGAGUGUAUCAGAGAACACAUGACCAUAGCAACCGCAAGUACGGUACAAGGAGGUAAAACGCUUACUGAUACCCUGCUUAAGAAUGAAGAUGUCCUAUUCCAGUGGUGUAUUCUUGGUGUUGAAACGAAUGAUGUAGACUUAAGUUUAUUGAGGAAGAUCAUAUCAUUGUAUGUAACUAUUCGAGGAUUUGCAUUUGCAACAUCUUGCCUAGAAUUGUAUAAACAAGCACAAAAGAAAUCUCUUCAGAAAAAAAGGGCACUUCGAAAGUCCGUGUAAAUAACUUCAUACACUCUGUACAUCAUUUAAUAAUCAUGGUUAAUAAAAUUAUUAAUUAUCAGUUAAAUUAAACAUGUGUAUGAUAAAAUUAAUUGAAUGUACAGAGUUACAAACAUUACUCUAUAAUUAUACUACUACUUG